CUUGUGCGCCAACACAAUAAAGAGAAUGGCCAAACAGGGAUUGAUGAAGAACCCCCACAAAGUCUUACCGCAGUUGAUGGCGGCUGUGGUCGGGUCAUGGGGUUACUUUUGCAUGGGUACAUCUAGAGGAUGGGGCUCCCCUGGAUUGCCAUAACUCAACAGGACGCUAGAUUUUGAAAUGGACGCAGAUGAUUUCAAAUGGAUAUCUGCUGUUCCCAUGUGUGGGUCUUUCUUUGGGGCUCUGGUAGUCAGCAUUCCAAUGCAAUAUUUCGGCCGUAAGAAAUCACUGGUUGGUCAUUAUCUGCUUUACAUAUUGGGGUUUCUCACCGUGGGGCUCACAUAUUCCGGCAAGCACAAAGCCAUGUUGUACGUUGGCCGUAUACUGCAAGGACUCGCCGUCGGAUGUACAACUCCAGCCUGCCAAAUUUACGUGAGCGAAUGUUCGUCACCAAACAUACGCGGACGGUUGGGUUCCAUAACCGCCUCUUCUCUGGCUCUCGGAAUAUGGGUGUCCUACAUCAUCGGUGCAUUUGUCGAAUGGCACACUUUAUCUUUCAUUUUCAGCGCUCUGCCCGUCAUCUUCCUGCUCUUGACUUGUCUCAUGCCCGAAACUCCCAUUUGGCUGCUCACCAACGGAAUGGAAGACGAGGGGCGUCGAGCUCUUCAACGACUUCGCGGAAAGAACACUAUCGUGGACGCGGAAAUGCGGCGGAUGAAGGAACACCACGAGAAAACAGCCAGCAGUCACGGAUCCAUUCGACUCGGAGAUUUGAUGAGGGGUCCCGUUAUGAAGCCGUUCGGCAUUUCAUUGGGCAUCAUGUUCUUCCAGCAAACCACCGGCAUCAACGCUAUGGUAUUUUACACCGUCAGCAUUUUUCAGUCGGCCGGAAGCAGCAUCGGGAGCCGCUACGCCACCAUAAUCGUCGGUGGUGUUCAACUGGUGUUUACCAUCGCUUCCGGAUUCCUGGUGGAUCGCUACGGUCGUCGAAUUCUCCUGCUGACUUCGGCUGCCAUCACAUCCAUUUCCCUAGCAUCCAUGGGGACAUUCUUCUACUUCCAGCGGAUUUGGGGUGAAUCUACGGCCACGGAACUUCUCGGAUGGCUGCCGCUCGUUUCGCUAAUAGUUUUCUUUAUUGCCUACUCCGGCGGUAUGAGCAACGUUCCUUUGAUAAUCAUGGGCGAAAUGUUCCCGUCGAAGUAUAGGACCAUUUUAGGCACGUUAUCGUCUUCUUUCAAUUUGUUUGUCACGUUGGCAAUUGUCCGUUUCUUUCCCGACAUGCUGAUCCAAUUGGGCAACGAUGUGACUUUUUUCAUCUUUUCGGGCUGCACGGUAACGAGUAUUGCAUUUGUUUAUUUCCUCUUGCCGGAAACAAAAGGCAAAACCCUUGAGGAGAUUGAACAGAUUUUUGGAAAUGUCAAGAAAAACGAAAAAGCGGCUGAGGUCGAACAAUCGGCUCUAGCAAAUGUCAGUACGCAGUUUACGAGCAUUUUCGACGACCAAUGCGGACUCGUCUCCCAUACAAUGCUUCCAUCACCCGGAGGAAAAGACGUCGAAAAAGGUUUCGUUUUCUAA